CGCCCUGGUGCCCUCCGCGGCGGCCUGGCGCCCUCGAUGAGGCACUCCUUCGAAGUCGACGAGGAGCGCGGGGGCGCCGCCGGCGGGCGGCGGGGCGGGCCCUCCGUCGGGAGGAGGCUGCGGUGCGCCGCGGCCGCGGCCGCGGCCGUGGCCACGGCCGCGCUAGCGCACGGCCGCCACGCGCGGGCUGGCGCGGAGGCCGGAAGACAGGAAGAGGCGGAGAUGGUGGCGCGCUCCUUGCUCACGGAGCCGCCCUCGUCUUGCCUGGAGAAGGCCCAGAAGGGCACCCUCAUUGGAGCAUUCGAGCCGCAGUGCCAGGAGGACGGGGCGUACGCUGCGUGGCAGUGCCACGGCUCGACCGGCUACUGCUGGUGCAGCAGCGCUUCGGGGCGCCAGGUGCCGGGGACCCUUCGGGGGCCGUCCGAAGGCGGCAGCUUCUCGAAGGAGGAUUGCGUCGCUGUCAGACUGAAGGAGGAGGAGAAGAAGGAGGCAGCGGAGUCGGUGGCGUCGUCACUCAGCGCUUCGGGGCGUCAAUUGGCAGGGACCCUUCGGGGACCGUCCGAAGGCGGCAGUUUCUCGGAAGAGGUCUGCGCGGCCACGAGAAAGCAGGAGGAGGAGAAGAAGGAGGCAGCGGAGUCGGUGGCGUCGUCGCUGUUGACAGAGCCGCCUUUGUCUUGCUCGCAGCUGGCUCAGAAAGCUCGGGAGGGCCACCUCAUCGGAGCCUUCGUG